AUACGCAUCGCACAUACGCUAAGGUCGCGAUAAACCGAUACUGUUGAGCAACGAGCCGCGUGCGGCGCAGUCGCGCGCAUGCGCUGCCAUUUCCCGCCAAACGGCACAGAUACACGCGCGUCCAGGAUAAACGCACAGAUUAAAUAACAUGCAUGUCUAUGUUUUAUGAAUUAAAAAAAAAAAAUAGAUUGAUUUACAGACGAUUUAAUAAUAUGUGCAGGGAUUUUUUAAUUGCCACUUAACUAAUUGUAUGUUAUGACGAAAUUUAUCGAGUGUUAAUUGUGGUGUGUGCUUUACGUGAUGUUCUUAAAAUGUGGCUCAUCGGGCUGUUGUUGUUGAUGAACGAGGCUGUUGCAUACAACUCCACCCUUACCACUAGGCUUGAAGAUGCGUGGUCCCUGCACUACCCCGGCCGCAAGUCACAAGUCCGCCGACAGCGCGCGUUCCCCUCCUCCACUCCCUUUCCCUGCCAGGACUCCCUUGCCUGGGGGAGGAGUAAGCAGGUCCCCACAUCCGUGCACAAGCUGCGUCCAGGGGAUAUAGAUGUGGUGGCGGCUAUUGGAGAUUCCCUCGUGGCAGGGAGUGGAGCGCUAGAGGAAUUCGCGCUGGGAGCUAUUGUGGAGUAUAGAGGCGUAUCCUGGUGUGCUGGUGGAGAUAGCACAUGGCGGGAAUACCUAACAUUACCGAACAUUCUCAAAGAGUACAACCCGAAUUUACGCGGCUAUUCGACAGGCACCGGGGAAUGGUUGGCCAAGAAUUCUAAACUAAAUGUCGCUUUUCCCGUUGCGUCUGAUCAAGAUGCGUAUAAACAGGCUAAGAUCCUGGUGGCCCGCAUCCGCUCCUCGCCCGACAUCGACCUGUUGCGCGACUGGAAGAUGAUCACGGUGUUCAUCGGCGCCAACGACCUGUGCUCCGCGUCCUGCCUCUCGCCCGUGUCCUGGUCGCCCACGGCACACGCCAGGAAACUCGCCAGAGCACUGGAUUACUUCCACGAGCACUUGCCACGGACGAUUGUGAACUUGAUUCCGGUUUUGGACGUGUCGGUGUCGGUGCGCGUGCAGCGGCCGCUGAUGUGCCGGCUGAUGCACCCGCUGUUCUGCGCGUGCUUCCACCGCGGCGGCGGCGAGCUGCCCGCGCUCGUGCGCCAGGCGCGCCGCUACCAGGCCGCAGAGAUGGCGCUCGUGGACAGCGGUCGCUACGACACGCGUGACGACUUCACCGUAGUGGUCCAACCGUUCAUGCGUUUGUUCAACGCGCCACUACCACCUCGGGAACCGCUCCCAUUGGUGAUACACCAGUCAUAUAUUACACAUGAUUGCUUCCAUUUCUCGCAGAAGGGACAUGCGCUGGCUGCGAAUCUCCUCUGGAACAACCUUCUAGAGCCAGUCGGCAACAAGUCGGACAACGUGCCUCCCGUACUCAUGCAUUCCUUCAAAUGCCCCUCCAAGAACGCUCCAUACAUCUUUACUCAUAAGAACUCGCAAAUAUACAUGGCAACUGGCCGCCAAGAAGAAUAAAAAAAAAAUUGGUU